CAGGCUUCGAGCUUCAGAGUAGAGGCUUCAGGGCCGAGUAGAGGCUUCAGGCCGAGUAGAGGCAUCAGGCCGAGUAGAGGCUUCAGGCCGAGUAGAGGCAUUCAGGCCCGAGUAGAGGCAUCAGGCCGAGUAGAGGCUUCAGGCCGAGUAGAGGCAUCAGGCCGAGUAGAGGCUUCAGGCCGAGUAGAGGCAUCAGGCAGUCAGGCCGAGUAGAGGCAUCAGGCCGAGUAGAGGCAUCAGGCUGAGAGAGGCAUCAGGCUGAGUAGAGGCAUCAGGCUGAGUAGAGGCAUCAGGCUGAGUAGAGGCAUCAGGCUGAGUAGAGGCAUCAGGCUGAGUAGAGGCUUCAGGCUGAGUAGAGGCUUCAGGCUGAGUAGAGGCUUCAGGCUG